AUGUCUCCAUCAAAGGUCUCCACCAUCAAGUUUGACGAGUUCAGCAACAUCAUCAAUGGACAGCAGCGUUCUGGAAAGAACCAACACUACGGUGUCAACCCAGUCACUGGGGAGAAGCUGUGGUCUGUUCCAAUCGGUUCGCAACAAGAUGUAGACGAGGCUGUUGAGGUUGCCCAGAAGGCCUUUGAGUCGUUUCGCAACACAUCGCUUGCGGAGAGGAAAGAGUUGAUUUCCAAGUUGAAGGAUACUCUUUUGGAGYACGCUGAUGACAUGACCGAGCUGCUGUGUGCUGAGACCGGCAAGCCUAAAGCCAUUGCUGAAAUGGAGACCAAGGGCGGUGCAGCAGGCUGGUGUGAUUGGCAUCAAUCCCUCGAGAUCCCCGAGGAGACGAUGGAUGAUGGCGAGAAGACCAUCACCACCCGUUACACACCUCUCGGGGUUGUCGGCGCCAUCUGCCCAUGGAACUUUCCAAUUGUCCUUUCUCUGGGCAAGCUGCUCCCUGCUGUCCUGGCUGGUAACACCAUUAUCAUCAAGCCCAGCCCAUACACCCCUUACACCACACUUAAGAUGGUAGAGAUUGCUCAGACCGUCUUCCCACCAGGUGUGGUUCAGGCCAUCGGUGGCGAUGACGCCCUUGGCCCAAUGCUCACGGCUCACCCUGGCAUCGCCAAGAUCUCUUUCACCGGCUCCAUCCCCACGGGCAAGAAGAUCAUGGCUGCAUGUGCCAACACACUCAAGCGUGUAACUCUCGAGCUUGGUGGUAACGAUGCGGCCAUCGUUCUUCCCGAUGUCGACGUCAAGGCUGUCGCUCCUCAGCUCGUGAUGGGUGCUUUCCAGAACUCUGGCCAGGUCUGUGUCGCCACCAAGCGUAUCUACAUCCACAAGGACAUCUAUCAGGAGACUCUCGCGGCUAUGGUCGAGUUCACCAAGUCCAUGACUGUUGGUGCUCCAGCUGAUGGCGCCCACCUCGGCCCAAUCCAGAACCAGAUGCAGUUCGAGAAGGUCAAGAGCUUCUUCGCCGACACCAAGAGCAAUGGCUACAAAUUUGCCGUUGGUGAGCCAGAUGUUUCCUCCAGCAAGGGCUUCUUCAUCCAGCCAACCAUCAUCGACAACCCGCCAAAUGACAGCAUGAUCAUCCAGGAAGAGCCAUUCGGUCCCAUCGUCCCAACUCAGCCAUGGGACGACGAGGAGGAGGUCAUCAAGCGUGCCAACGCCAGCAAAGCCGGUCUCGGUGCCUGCGUAUGGGGCAAGGAUGUCGCCCGCGCUGAGAGCAUCGGCAAGCGCUUGGAAGCUGGCUCUGUCUUCAUCAACUCCUUUGAGAAGCCAACACCACAAGCCUUCUUUGGUGGACACAAGGAAUCUGGUAUUGGCGGAGAGUGGGGCAAGGAGGGCCUCAAGGCCUACCUCAAUGCUCACGUUAUGCACACUUACAAGGCAUAA